CAGCGCAUAAAAACACGCUGAGAAUUGAGGACAACCGGUGUGGUAUCGUCUAGCUGUCUUGUAGGAAGUGAUCAGUUGCAAUAAAACAAUUUUGUGAAAAUGUGUGGAAUUUGGGCGAUAUUUGGUAGCAAUGAAGACGUGCACAAGUACUGCGAGAGUGCGUGUAAAAUAGCGCAUCGGGGCCCUGAUGCCUUCUGCCUUGAAAACGUCAAUCACCUUGCUAACUGCUUAUUUGGCUUCCACCGAUUGGCUAUUGUGGACGAUGUGUUUGGCAUGCAGCCAAUGAGGUUGAAGAACUAUCCUCACAUUUGGAUGAUGUACAAUGGCGAAAUAUAUAACUUUAAGAGGCUGCGUGACCAGUAUAAAUUCCAAUUUACUAGCAACUGCGAUGGUGAGGUCCUUAUCCACUUGUAUGCCCAUGGUGGCAUUGAAUUCAUGGCCAAGAUGUUGGAUGGAGUCUUUGCGUUCUGUCUUCUGGACACACAAACUAAGAAGGUUUUCAUUGGUCGUGAUACGGUAGGUGUUCGGCCAAUGUUCCGCCUUUACCUGGAAGAUGAAGGUAUCCUUGCUAUCUGCUCAGAAGCAAAGGGGAUAGUAGGGCUUGGCGACACACACAACUGCGCCGAUAUUGAACCUUUCCCUCCUGGACUCUAUGAAGAGUACGACUUGUUGAAGAAUGGUAAAAGUGUGUUUGUCAGUCGGCAAAGAUUCCAUUCAGUUGACCAAGUACCAAAAUGGGCCUUAGAAACCGGAACACCUCAACCAGAAGAUGGUGAACACCAAGCUAACAUAAGACUCUUGUUAACUGAGGCUGUGAGGAAGAGAUUUAUGGCUAACAGAAGGAUCGGUUGCUUUUUGUCAGGUGGUUUGGAUUCCAGUUUAGUCAGCGCUCUAGUCACUAAAAUAGCAAAAGACGAAGGUGUGGUGAGCUAUCCUAUUCAGACGUUUUCCAUCGGUAUGACAGGAAGUCCAGAUGUCGCUGCCGCACGCAAAGUAGCAGCGCAUAUUGGCAGUGAGCAUCACGAGAUAGGGUUUACUCCGGAAGAAGGUAUCGAGGCAGUUGAAGAAGUCAUCUAUUCCUUGGAAAGCUAUGACAUCACAACAAUACGUGCAUCUGUUGGUAUGUACCUGGUAGCAAAAUAUGUCAAGAAGGAGACCGACACAGUGGUAGUUUUGUCAGGAGAAGGCGCUGAUGAGCUUUGUCAGGGGUAUAUAUACUUCCACAUGGCACCCACCCCAGAGGAGGCUGACAAGGAAAGUCGUCGGUUGUUGGAUGAUCUAUAUUUGUAUGAUGUGUUACGAGGCGAUAGAACCACAGCUGCUCAUGGACUUGAACUCCGUGUUCCAUUUUUAGACCAUCAUUUUGUGUCCAAUUUCCUAUCAAUACCAGCCAAGCUACGUGUACCAAGGCUUGGAGUUGAAAAGUACAUUCUACGCAAGGCUUUUGAUGGGACCGGUAUUCUACCAGAUGAGAUCUUAUGGCGGCCUAAAGAAGCCUUUAGUGAUGGUGUAUCAUCCACUGAAAAAUCCUGGUACCAAGUGCUUCAAGAGUUCAUCGAAACCAAAGUGACUGAUAGUAUGCUAGAAGAUGCUCCUAAACUUUAUCCGUUCAAUCCGCCAAAAUCUAAAGAAGCCUACUACUACAGACAGAUAUUUGAGCGUUCCUAUCCAAACCGUUCAUCCUGGAUCCCAUACUUCUGGAUGCCCAAGUGGGUGAACACUGAUGAUCCAUCGGCCAGGACGCUCAAACACUACAAGGAAUCCGAUGUACAGCAUAGCAGUAAAAUUGACUGCUAAGCUGGCUUAAGUAGUGCAUAUUAAAGUCCAGUGAUAACAUUAAAUGUUACAUUUAUGUUUACCUAUUCAAGAAGCUUGUUUGUUUUACCAUGUAAUCCUUAUCUAAAGCAGUGCCUCCAAAACUGUGGGUUGCAACCCCAAAAUAUGCUGCCAAUGUAUUAAUUAAUUAAUUUAUUUAUUCCGGUAUAAAAAUAAUACAAAAAGUAGCCAAAGGCUAAAAUCAUUGCAUUUACAAAAAAUAUAUAGGCCAAAAUUAAAAAUUUUGAAAUUGCACAAAAACAUCAUGUAAAUCAUCUUAAAAUUGUGUAUUCUCUAAGGGGAAAAUUACUUUAUGUUCACAUUUAUUUAUUAAAAAUAAUUGUUUUUAAAAUUUGAUUCAUAAGGUGAUAGGUAACUUAGGCUAAAGCAGUGCCUUCCAAAUUGUGGGUCGCGACCCCAAAAUAUGCUGCCAAUAUAUUAAGUAAAUCAUCUUAUAAUUGUGCAUUCUUUUUAAGGGGAACAUUUACUUAAUCUACUACCAGUUGGUUUACAUAUACUUAUUAAAAAUAAUUGUUUUUUAAAUUUGAAGCAUAAGGUGAUAGGUAACUUAGGCUAAAGCAGUGCCUUCCAAAUUGUGGGUCACAACCCCAAAAUAUUCUGCCAAUAUAUUAAGUAAAUCUUCUUAUAAUUGUGCAUUCUUUUUAAGGGGAACAAUUACUUAAUCUACUACCAGUUGGUUUACAUAUACUUAUUAAAAAUAAUUGUUUUUUAAAUUUGAAGCAUAAGGUGAUAGGUAACUUAGGCUAAAGCAGUGCCUUCCAAAUUGUGGGUCGCGACCCCAAAAUAUGCUGCCUAUAUAUUAAGUAAAUCUUCUUAUAAUUGUGCAUUCUUUUUAAGGGGAACAAUUACUUAAUCUACUACCAGUUGGUUUACAUAUACUUAUUAAAAAUAAUUGUUUUUAAAAAUUUGAAGCAUGUGAAUUUGAGUGAACAUUUUAAACAUAUUAAAUGAGUUCUGCAGACCAAAGAAAUUUUGAAUUGUUUUUAGCUAUUUUAAUACAUUACUGAUAAAUGGAUCCUAGGAGAAAUAUGCAUUUUUUUUUUUAAAGUAGCAAGAAAUGUAGUUGCAAAGUUCUAGUUAAUAAAAUCAUAAAAUACAUUACA